AUGCAGCUCGUUUCAGCUGCUGCAGCACCCGUCGCCAAAGUGGCUCUUUUUUGCGUCGUGGGCGCCUGGGCGGCCAACCGGGGCGUGCUGACCCCCGAGGGCCGCCGAGUGCUCAGCUCCCUCUCCCUCAACAUCCUGACCCCCUGCCUGCUGUUCAGCAAGCUGGCGGUGGGGGUGGGGCUGGGGGAGGUGGCGCAGAUGUGGGUGCUGUCCGCCAACAUGCUGGUCAGUCACGGAGUGGGGCUACUGUUGGGCCUCUUAGCCGUACGACUGGCGCAGGUGCCGUACAGGCUCCGCAACCAAGUGGUAUUGUCGUGCGGUGUUGGUAACGUCGGCAAUCUGCCGUUUGUGAUGUUGGCGAGUUUGGCGGCGGACCCCGCGCUGCCUUUCUCGGCGGUGAUGGGGCCGGAGAUGGCGACGGCGAUGGCGAUGAGAUACGUGGCGCUGAGCAACCUGUCGGCGGCGCUCAUUCAGUUUCCGCUGACGUACAUUUUCCUUCAGAAGCGACAAGUCGAGCUGACGUCACCGUCCGCGUCGCCAACAAAGUCAGCGUCAUCGACGCCGACGACCUCACCGUCGCCGCCGCUGCCGACGAACACUCCAGGUCUGAGCAGCAGCGGGGACAGCGGCGGCGGUAUCCUCACGUCGACGGCGACGGAGGACAGCCCUCAGGGAUCAGGUCCUGUCGCCGCCGCUCCCGGUGCGACCUCGAUCUCCGCUGCGGCCACAUGCCGUACUGCGAAUCCGACUCCCGCCAAUUCUUGUGCUGUGGCGGCGGCAUCGGCGACGGCGACACCGGCCGCUGGUGGUUGGCAGUCUCUGGUAGCUGGUGUAUUCACUCCGCCCACGCUGUCCAGUGUGGCGGCUGUGGCGGUGGCGAGUGUGGGGUGGCUGCGAGACGCGUUGUUUGGUACGGGCGGCAGUUUGCGGCUGCUGGGGGAGGUCGUGGAUGCGCUUGGAGCCGCUUGCAUCCCCUUGUUGCUGCUGGUGCUGGGAGCCAACCUCAGCAGGGGUCCGGGUGUAGCGGCGGGGCGGCUGCCGGCGGGCGGUGUCGUGGCGGCUGUAGCCACGAGGCUGCUGCUGCUGCCGGCUGUGUGCGGGGCGGCGCUGCUCAUCGCUUGGCGCGGAGGUAUGCUCCCCGGGAUCGACCCGUUGGCAAUGCUCGUCAUGCUCGUCAUGCACGCCACACCCACAGCCGUAUUAGUCCAUAGCAUGGCGACCAUCUUUGGUAAUGCGGAGGACGAGAUGAGGAAGUCGUGCCGACGCGGCCUAGUGAGCGUAGAGGAAAACGCAACUUAA